AUGCCACCUAAAAACAAAGAAAAAGGGAGGAAAGCUGGGGUGCAGAAGAAGAAAGAGAACAGGAGUGCAGAUGUGGAGACCGAGUCCAGGCACAGGCUGGUGGUGCUAAAGAAGGAGCUGCUCCGAGACCACUUGAAUCUAUGGAGGGAUGAAGCCCGUCGAGCCAAGGCUUCAGAAGACCAGCUGAGGCAGAGGCUGCAAGGGGUGGAGGCUGAGCUGGAAGGGACCCGAAGUGAAGGUAUGCAGGUAUGUGAGAUGAGUCGCCAGUGCAGGGCCCUGCAGAAGGAGAUGGGGAGCCACGGCAAGCAGCUGGAGGAAGAAGACAGGGGCCUUCAGAGGCAGCUGGAGGCAUGCCAGAGGGAGGCUGCGGCUGCCUGGGAAGAGGCUGAGCAAGCCCUAGGAGAACCGGAUCAGGCCCUGGCUCAGCUUCAGGCCCAUGUGGCAGACAUGGAAGCCAAGUAUGAGGAAAUCUUACACGACAGCCUGGACAGGCUCUUGGCCAUGCUGAGAGCUAUCAAGCCGCAGUGGGAUGGGGCUGCGCUGAGCCCCAGGCUCAAGGAGCAGCUAUGCCAGUUCGGACUACCCCCUGGAUCUUUGAGGCCUCCAGCCUCUAGUCUCUCAGGCUCUCUGAGGCCCCAGCAAUAA